AUUCAGGUUUACUGAUCACAGUGAACACACACACGUCUGUGAAGUUCACUUGUGAGCGAUCAUGGAAGUGACUCGGAUUCAGAUAUCGCUGUUUCUGUGUCUGCUAUCAUGCGCAUCGUCUCUCGGGACUCGAUACACGCCCGACUGGGCCAGUUUGGACUCCAGACCUAUUCCUGACUGGUACGACGAUGUGAAGUUUGGGAUCUUCGUGCAUUGGGGGGUGUUUUCUGUGCCUGCGUUCGGCAGCGAGUGGUUCUGGUGGUACUGGAAGGGAUCACAAAGCCCCAGCUAUGUCCAGUUCAUGAUCAAAAACUACCCUCCUGGAUUCAGCUACACAGACUUUGCACCACAGUUCCACGCGCAGUUUUUUGAUCCUGAAGAGAUGGCUGAUAUCUUCGAAGCUUCUGGAGCAAAAUAUGUGGUCCUCACAAACAAACAUCACGAGGGGUUCACAAACUGGGGGUCCCCGUACUCCUGGAAUUGGAAUUCGGUUGAUAAUGGACCUCACAGGGAUCUGGUUGCAGAUUUGGGCGCUGCGAUAAGAAAGAGGUCUCUGCAUUAUGGACUCUACAACUCUCUGUAUGAAUGGUUCAAUCCCAUCUACCUGAGUGACAAGCAGUCUGGCUUCAAGACUCGGGAUUAUGUUGAAAAAAAAGCCAUGCCAGAGCUCUACGAACUUGUCAACAGGUACAAGCCGGACUUGAUUUGGUCAGAUGGCGACUGGGAAGCACCUGACACUUACUGGAACUCUACAGGAUUCCUGGCCUGGCUCUACAACGACAGUCCGGUCAAAGAUGUGGUGGUGACCAAUGACAGAUGGGGGAAGGGGUGUUACUGUAAACAUGGAGGUUAUUACAAUUGUGCUGACAAGUUCACUCCUGGAGAACUGCCCAAUCACAAGUGGGAGAAAUGUCAGGCAGUGGACAAAAUAUCAUGGGGGUAUCGCCGAAACAUGAAGCUAAGCGAACUGAUGGAUCUGCCAUCCAUUAUAAAGGACAUGGUUUACGUUGUAGCAUUGGGAGGGAAUUACCUGUUAAAUGUGGGGCCAACAUCAGACGGCAUAAUUGCACCUGUCUUUGAGGAACGUCUCCGAGGGGUUGGAGCCUGGCUGAAGGUCAAUGGUGAUGCCAUCUAUGGAACUAAGCCUUGGAGAGUUCAGGCUGAGAAUGCUACAGUUCCCGUCUGGUAUACAUCAAAAAGCAGCACUGUGUAUGUUAUCAUCACCUCCAAUCCCAUGCAGAACUCCUUUACGCUUUCUGCGCCCAAAACCUCCAGCAAUACAGUGGUGACUUUGCUGGGGAGCCCUGAGCCUCUAAAAUGGGCUCCUCUGAAGACAUCAGGUCUGAUUGUUCUGCUGCCCGAUCUGCCUUUCACACCCGCUGAUGCCUGGACACUCAAGCUGGAUAAGGUGGCCUAAAGCCUUUAACACUAUUUUGUACAUUUUAAUAAAUUGUAAUGAUUUUAAGAAAGUUUUGUAUAAAUCAAGUUUUUUAUUGUAUUUGAUUGCACAAUAAAAUUGACCAACUGAAUAAAACAUCAAAACCAA